AUGAAAUUUGGUCGCAACCUCCCUCGCAACCAGGUCCCUGAAUGGGCAGCCUCAUACAUCAAUUACAAAGGUCUCAAGAAGCUGAUUAAGGCCGCUUCUCAAAAGGCCAAGAACGGCGAGACCGUCGAUCCAGCAGAAUUCUUCUUCGCCCUGGACCGCAAUCUCGAGGACGUUGAUGCAUUCUACAACAAGAAAUUCGCCGACGCUUGUCGGCGUCUGAACGUGCUGCAGAACCGCUAUGGCCGCGUGCCGGAUGUGGUAGAGAGCUUGGAUCAGGAUGAAAUUGAAGAGGUCAUGGGUGCGCUGCUGGACUUGCGCACACAGCUGAGGAACUUGCAGUGGUUUGGUGAGAUCAAUCGACGCGGUUUUGUCAAGAUCACCAAGAAGCUGGACAAGAAAGUGCCCCAGAUUGCGACGCAGCAUCGGUACAUUUCCACAAAGGUCGAUCCAAAGCCCUUUGCCAAGGAUGGCACCAUCAGCCGGCUCCUUGCCGACAUCAAUCGCUGGCUCGGUGCACUGGGCGAAGCGCAGAAUAUGGACGACUCCAGGUCUGACCGAUCCACUCGCUCCCUUGGUCGCGUGUCAAACAAGGCCAUGGUUCUGUUGCCCCAGGCCCAGCUCGACUCUCUGGACCAAGCCGUCCGCACGGAUAACGUCGAGGCACUGCGAUCUGGGCUGGCAGAGGCCAAGUUGAGCACCGAAGGGGGGACAAAGACGGUUCUCUUGAAUCUUCUUCAACGGUCCAUCUCUUCUCGGUCGAGGAACGCCAUGCUGUUUCUGCUUGAUCAUGUCAAGGACCUCGAAGAGCCGGAUGACAUCAAUGGUCGCAAUUGCAUUCAUCGCCUCGUCAUUCAUGUUGGUCGCACCAAGAUCACCCCUUCGGAGCAGGACUCCAAUACAUAUCCCGUUCCUGCAGGCACGCAGUUCAACAGACACAUCCAGCCUGCUGUUUCCAUGUCCGCUCCCGUCAAGGAGCUCAACACUGGAGAGGCGCAGAAACUCGCCAGCGAUGACGAGGCGGUCAAGACCCUUGUUUUCUUGUUGGACAACUUGAAGCCAGAGCAGCGGACGGCGCUCAAAAGCCGCGACUCGUUCGGGCGGCUGCCCCUUCACUACGCCGCGCAGUUUGGAUUCGUCAUUGUUUGCCAAAUUGUCAUGCAGAAGAUGCAGGAGUGGGAACAAUUUGACGUCAAGAAUGGGCUGGACGCUCCUGAAUGGCAGGACAACGACGGACGGGCACCAUUGCAUCUCGCCGUUAUUGGUGGCCAUCCCCUGACGACCAAGGCCUUGCUCCAAGGCGAGAACUGGCGGCCCAGCAGUGAUGCCAAGGCCGACAUUCGUAAAGGUGUCCCUCAGUCAGGCGCCGUCCUGGCAAUAGCCACCAAGGCCAACUAUACAGUGAUUGUGGAGAUGCUCGUGCAAGCUGGCGUCGACGUCAACUGGCGUGAUGCGACGGGCGAGACGGCGCUGCACGUGGCUGCUAGGUUCGGUCACGACGAAUGCGCUGCAGUCAUCCUCAAGGGAAGCGAGACCACAAAGGCCGAUCUCAGCAUCGUGGAAAACACGUACGCUUGGACGCCUUUGCAUGUGGCGGCUGUCGACGGACACCUGUCUGUGGCGAAACUGCUUGUCGACGCUGGCGCCGACGUUUCUAAGCUCGACUCGUCUGGCUGGACAGCAAAGGAGCACGCUGCGCUACGCGGGCACAUUUCAAUUGCCAAACUUCUUGCUCAACACACCAGCGAGGAGCAGAUUGCGGCGAAGGCGGGAGGCUCCGCCUCGUCCACGCCAGGCGAGAUCAGAUCCAUUGACGAGCGCACAUCGAACGGCAGCGGUAGCAAUUUACGUCCAGCCGAGCCUGUCAAGACUUUUGGUCACAGAUACUUGACCAACCAAAGUCUAGUGCACGUCAGCCUGGGUUCUAUGGAUCUUCGAAAGCGCAUCGAGGCCAUCAACCUCGACCGAAUCCCGCUCAACGAGGCGCACAACACUCAGUUGGACACAGCCCUGUCCGUGGUGGUGUCUGCGAGUGGCGCGACUGGCGAGCCGACGAUCAUAGACUUGCCAGUGCACGAUAACGUCUCUACGGAACCCAUCGUGUUCACGACGCAGGAGGCCACCAAAGUCAAGCUGUUCUUCGACAUUGUGCCGACUUACUCAGGCAACGAGAAGCACAAGAUCGGUCGGGCAGUCGCCCUCCUCUCCUCCAUCAAGCCUACUCUUGGCGGUGGACGUGUCAACCUACAAGGCGAUGUCUGUGUACCCAUCAUGUCGAGCAGUCUCGAGGUCAUUGGUACCGUCAACUUCAACUUCCUUGUCAUCACUCCGUUUUACCAUCCCAAUAUGGAGGUCACAUCGCGGCACACGUACUGGAAAAAGCUGUCGUCGACCAUGCUCAUCGGCCACCGUGGCCUGGGCAAGAACAUCACGUCGAACCGCUCCCUUCAGCUUGGCGAGAACACAUUGCCAUCUUUUAUCGCGGCAGCCAACCUGGGAGCGCAAUACGUCGAGUUUGACGUGCAGCUGACCAAGGAUCACGUCCCUGUCGUGUAUCACGACUUCUUGGUCAGCGAGACUGGCAUCGACGCUCCCGUACACACUCUUACCCUGGAGCAGUUCCUCCACAUUAACCCGGAUAGCAGCCGCAGCCACAGCGCGAACCGAAAGAAUGGCACCGGCGGCGGGCCGAUGGAGAGGGUGCAGAGGGACGGCCCUAGGAGAAGCCGCAGUAACAGCUUCACGCCGACCCGUUCCCAGUCCAUGGGAAUCGCCGGCCGCGGGUUAUCGGAAGAUCUCGACGAGCGGAUGAAGCACACCCGCGACUUCAAGGAAAAGGGCUUCAAGGCCAACUCGCGCGGCAAGUUCAUCCAGGCCCCCUUUGCGACGCUGGAGGACUUGUUCCGGAAGCUGCCGGAGAACAUUGGCUUUAACAUUGAGAUGAAGUAUCCCAUGCUCCACGAGAGCGAGGAGCACGAGAUGGACACGUACGCCGUCGAGCUCAACUCAUUUUGUGACACGGUCCUGUCCAAGGUGUACGACUUGGCCGGGGAGCGACACAUCAUCUUCAGUUCCUUCAAUCCUGACAUCUGCCUAUGUCUCAGUUACAAGCAGCCGUCGAUUCCCAUCCUGUUCCUGACAGACGCAGGGUGCUGCCAGGUCGGCGACAUCAGGGCCUCAUCGCUGCAGGAGGCCAUCCGAUUUGCAAGCCGCUGGAAUCUGCUCGGCAUCGUCUCCGCUGCCGAGCCGCUGAUCAACAGCCCGCGGUUGGUCAAGGUGGUCAAGGAGAACGGCCUGGUCUGCGUGAGUUAUGGCACAGCCAAUAACGAUCCUUUGCUGGUCCAGCGUCAAGUCAAGGAGGGCAUUGAUGCGGUCAUUGUUGAUAGCGUCCUGGCCAUCCGGAAGGGCCUCACCACCGGCGAGACGGCUGGCGAGACCCCGAAGGUGGGCGCCGACCCCGGCCUUGGCGCCGAUAUCAAGCUCGAUUCAGAGAUGAGGCUCGACAUUUCCGCGUGA